AUGGACCCUCUCAUCACUCGUGAGCUGUCUAAGCUCGACUCCGCGGUCCCAUUCCGCGCGUCAACCGACCACGUCCACCAUACCUGGGCCAAGACCUUCUACUCCCGACCGGAGCUCUACAUUCGCCCGCAAACAAUCCCUGAGAUACAGCAGCUCGUCACCCUUGCCCGAAGAUGUCGCCGCCGCCUGGUCACUGUCGGCAGUGGCCACUCCCCCUCCGAUUUGACCUGCACCUCGUCCUGGCUCGUCAACCUUGAUGACUUCAAGCGCAUUCUUCACAUCGACCCCACAACCCGCAUGGUUACUGUCGAGGCCGGUAUCCGACUAUACGACUUGGGCAAUCGACUGGAAGAACAGGGCUUGACAUUGGAAAAUCUGGGAAGCAUUGAUAGUCAGUCUAUUGCGGGGGUCAUUGCGACAGGAACACAUGGAAGUUCUCUACGCCACGGAUUGCUUUCGGAAUGCAUCGAAUCAUUGGCCCUGGUUCUACCGAACGGUCAGUUAGUGCGCUGUAGCGCUACUAGCAACGAGUCCCUCUUCCGCGCUGCCCUUGUUUCCCUGGGUGCCCUCGGCAUCAUCGUGGAGGUGACCUUCAAGGCGCGACCAGCGUUCAACAUCGCUUGGCGCCAGGAGCGAUAUUCGUUAUCGCAGGUGAUCAGCGAGUGGACAACCGGACUAUGGACGUCUCAUGAAUUCGUCCGCGUCUGGUGGAUGCCAUAUGAGAAGGGCGCGAUUGUCUGGCGAGCUGACCAAACCGAUCUCCCGCUGCGCGCGGCCCCGAAGAACUUCUACGGCGAGUGGUUUGGAUACCACGUCUACCACAACCUUUUAGCUCUGUCCUCAUACUUCCCCCGAAUUCUGCCGUGGGUGGAGUGGUUUGUCUUUGGCAUGCAGUACGGUUUUCGACCAGGAACCACCGUCACGGAGGCGGUUGAUCCGGCGCGCGACGGUCUGCUCAUGAACUGUCUGUAUUCGCAAUUCGUCAACGAAUGGGCUCUACCCUUGGAAAAGGGACCGGAGACCAUCAUCCGUCUCUCUGCUUGGCUGCAUGGCGACAGCAAGACGGCGGGCAUCCCGUUCUCCAGCAAGGGACUCUAUGUGCACUGUCCGAUCGAGGUGCGGGUGUCAGAUUCGUCCAAGAAUCCUCGCCCUCGUCCCUUCCUGGACCCUACCUGCCGUGAUGGCCCAACACUCUACUUGAAUGCGACACUCUACCGGCCUUACUUUCGGGAUCCGCCGUGCCGACGACGCUUCUACGAGGCCUUUGAAUGGCUCAUGCGGGACAUGGAUGCCAAACCUCACUGGGCGAAGAAUUUCUCGGUCCUCGGUCCCACCGAGCUUCACGGGCUGUAUGGCGAGGACAUGGACGAAUGGAUGAAGGUGCGUCAGGAGGUUGACCCCGAAGGAAUGUUCCUAGGCGAGUGGCACCGCCGUCAUCUGCCCCUUCUCACUUGGGGGGAGAAUGCUGCCCGAAGCGAGUUGUCCCUUCUGGAAGGUGAGGGUGAGCGUCGCCCAGCUGGCACCCGUGGUGCGGGGGACGGGAUCGAAUGGAUUGGGGAACGCCGGUACCAGGGUGGCCGUGAGCCGUCAGAGCCGGAGCAAGAGGUACACGACUUGCCGCCUGAUCAUCUGGCGUCUAGUUCGCCGACGAGCGAGGAGAGUUUUGAUUUGCUUGCGAAAGGAGAAGCUAGUAUUCUACUCCCCAAUGUGAAACUCGGAGAAUGA